UGCGCGCGGCGCUCGGAGUUUAAAAAAAUAACUGUCAAUGUCAAAAUGAGCUAUAGUGUCUAUGAUUGCGGAUUCGAAUUUCAAAAAGUGAACGACAAAGAGUGCUUUGAUGGAAUGAAAAAAGAAAAGAAUGAAAGUGAGGCAAAGGAGGAACACAUACAGCAUGUUUUAGGGCCCAGUAGGCGGUGUUUAGCUUGGGCUUGCAAAGCUUGUAAAAGGAAAACGGCGGCUGUGGACAGAAGAAAAGCGGCGACGUUGCGCGAAAGGAGGAGAUUACGGAAAGUAAACGCAGCAUUCGAAGAACUUCGUAUACGUGCCAGAGCCGGUAGCGGUCGCCUGCCGAAACUGGAGAUCCUGCGAGCGGCCAUACAACACAUCGAAAGGCUGCAGGCUGCCUUAAGAGCUGCGGCUGCAUUGGAGUCAGACAGUUGUAAAAGCUACGUGGAGCCGCCGACAACGAAAACGCAAAUUGAUUCGCGAGACACAAAGACAGACAAGGAAAAACCAUUUAUAAACGGUGAGUCGACGCCUUGUGGACUGAACAGUUUAGCGCGCCUUCGGUGUAUAGUGCAAGCAUUAGCGAAGGACAACCCUUAGCUAUAGCCAAUACCUAAAUAGAUCUCAGAAUUACUGGUGCUCAAUUAUAAUUAAUAUUUAUUUA